AUAAAACAUGGCUGGACGUGAGUCUGGAAGAAUUAAGGAUUCGAUUCAAAAACGUAUUCUCGACGAUGAUUCAAGAAAGCGUAGACAGAAGAAAGCUUUGGAUGCAUUAGAACAAGAUAACUUUCACGAAGAUCCUCAUGCUGAUUUGGUGAUGAGUAAGAAAGUACCAAAGUUUCAAGAGGAUAAUAAAAAUUCAACUCGUAAGAGAAAAACUAGAUCAGCCGAAUACUUCAAGUUAAGAUUUCGCAAGAAUUUUAUUCAACUUGUAGAAGAAGAUCUAAAUUAUAAUAGUUCUUCGCCUAAUUAUACUACAGCUCAAGUUCCACAAUCUUGUUAUCCAGAAAGACAUUUUUGUACAGUCUGUGGAUUUCCCAGCACUUACACGUGUAUUCCAUGUGGAGCAAGAUAUUGUUCGGUUAAAUGUCUUGGGACGCAUUUGGAUACACGAUGUUUAAAGUGGACGGCAUAAACUACGUAUCUUCAAUCAAUAAUUUAUCUUUAGUAAUAAUUAAGAGAC